GGCGGGGCGAACAGAUUCGGCUAUUUACAGGCAACACUGUUAGGCGAACUGGCCAGGGGCCUGAUGCGAGACCCUGGGGUCACUUGGGUGUCCAGGAAGAACACCUGACGGAGGAAAGUGGCCAGGUGUCCAGCAGCAAUGUCACUCCUCCUGUUGGUGGUCUCUGCCCUUCACAUCCUCAUUCUCAUACUGCUUUUUGUGGCCACUUUGGACAAGUCCUGGUGGACUCUCCCAGGGAAGGAGUCUCUGAACCUGUGGUAUGACUGCACAUGGAACACCACCACCAAAACGUGGGACUGCAGCAACGUCAGUGAGAAUGGCUGGCUGAAGGCAGUACAGGUGCUCAUGGUACUCUCCCUCAUCCUCUGCUGCCUGUCCUUCAUCCUCUUCAUGUUCCAACUGUACACCAUGAGGCGAGGAGGGCUCUUCUAUGCCACUGGCCUCUGCCAGCUUUGCACCAGUGCAGCCGUAUUCUCUGGGGCACUGAUCUACACCAUCCACACUGAGGAGAUCCUGGCGAAGUACCGGAGUGGGGGAAGCUUUGGCUACUGCUUUGCCCUAGCCUGGGUGGCCUUCCCGCUAGCCCUGGUCAGCGGCAUCAUCUACAUCCACCUGCGGAAACGGGAAUGAGUGCAGUGUCCUCCAUAAAAUAAACCCAUUUAACUUCA